AUUAUCAUCCAUGGACAUCUAAUCUAAUCUAAUUCUAAUGAUAUUAUUAUUAUCAGAGUCAACAAAUUUAAAUUCCAAUCUUUUUUUCUAUUAAUUUAUAUCGAAUCCAUCCAGUCAGUUUUCCCUAUUUUACAAGUCCAUAAGUCAAUUAAAAUUUCCCCCAAAUACUAUAUCUCUCAAUUCAAUUCAAUAAUAAUUUACAUACACAAAAUAAAUAUUGCAGCAGAGCCUUUGAAAAGAAAAUGGAUGGAGGUCAACAAUACAAUCCCAGAACUGUUGAAGAAGUUUUUAGAGAUUUUAAGUCUCGCAGAGCUGGCAUCAUUAAAGCCCUAACCACUGAUGUUGAAGAGUUUUACCAGCAGUGUGACCCUGAAAAGGAAAACCUGUGUCUAUAUGGAUUUCCUAAUGAGCAGUGGGAGGUGAAUUUGCCUGCUGAAGAGGUACCUCCCGAGCUUCCAGAACCUGCACUGGGAAUUAACUUUGCUAGAGAUGGGAUGCCAGAAAAGGAUUGGCUAGCUUUGGUUGCUGUACACGGUGAUGCAUGGCUUCUGGCCGUGGCCUUCUACUUUGGGGCAAGAUUUGGAUUUGACAAAGCUGAUAGGAAACGCCUGUUUAACAUGAUAAAUGAUCUCCCAACAAUUUUUGAAAUUGUGUCUGGGGCGGCUAAGAAGCAAGUGAAGGAGAAGUCAUCCGUGUCAAAUCACAGUGGCAGUAAAUCAAAGUCAAACUCCAAGGCAAAAGGCCCUGAACAGCCUAAAUUUGCAAAAGCUUCAACACCAAAAGAUGAAGAUGAAGAAGAUUUGGAUGAUGAAGAAGAAGAUGAGGAGCAAGGGGACACGUUAUGUGGCUCAUGUGGUGAGAACUACUCGUCUGAUGAGUUCUGGAUCUGCUGCGAUAUAUGUGAGAAGUGGUUCCAUGGUUUAUGCGUCAAAAUAACUCCAGCAAGAGCUGAGCAUAUCAAGCAGUACAAAUGCCCAGCUUGUACCACCAACAAGAGAUCACGUCCUUGAUUGUGUAUCACUGGCAUGAAAAGCAGUCUUGAAGAAGUUGUUUGGAGAUCGAUUUAAACUAAUCGUUAGCUGUUGUGGAAAAGAUGGAACUUAAAUCAGUCCUAGGGGUGCUUUGUAGGUGUUAAAUGUGCAUUUCAUUUAAAGUAGUGACAGGUUCUUAAUUUUAGUUUUUAAGUAGAAUUUUCAUGUGCAAGAGAACUUUUUAUUUGUUAAUUGUUAUAAUGGAAGAUUGGAUUUCAUGUGUUGUUA